AUGGAGUGGGACUAUAGGGACAGCCUGUACAACGGAACCAACGGAAGCCUGCUGGCAGACCGCAACGCUAGUUGCCCUAAGGUCAGCACUCUGUUCCAUGAGACUCCCUUCGGAGUAGCCUUCGCGGUACCUAUCUGGGAAGGAAUAUCCACGGCCAUCGUGCUUACACUGAUCAUCAUCUUUACCAUCGUGGGCAAUAUUUUGGUCAUCCUCAGCGUCUUCACUUACAAACCGCUACGGAUCGUGCAGAACUUCUUUAUUGUCAGUCUCGCGGUGGCCGACCUCACAGUGGCAAUCUUAGUCCUUCCUUUCAACGUCGCAUACUCUAUUCUUGGGCGAUGGGUGUUCGGAAUCCAUAUCUGCAAGAUGUGGCUAACCAGUGACGUCAUGUGCUGCACUGCAUCGAUCCUCAACUUGUGCGCUAUUGCGCUUGACCGAUAUUGGGCCAUUACAGACCCCAUAAACUAUGCCCAGAAAAGGACACUGAAGAGAGUGCUCGUGAUGAUCGGGGGUGUCUGGAUAAUGUCCAUGUUGAUCAGUUCACCACCCCUGAUUGGCUGGAACGACUGGCCAGAAGUCUUCAGCAACUCCACACCCUGCCAGCUAACUUCGCAGCAGGGUUAUGUAAUAUAUUCGUCCUUAGGCUCCUUUUAUAUUCCUCUAUUAACAAUGACUAUUGUUUACAUAGAAAUAUUUAUAGCUACCAGGAGAAGGCUACGCGAACGGGCGAGGGCGUCUAAACUCAAUGCUGUAAAACAGAACCUACAACAGAACAAUUCUAUGAGGGAGAAACAUUCUCCAGUCGAUGGUGAAUCGGUGAGCAGUGAGAAUGCUCAUGAAGAUCACAAGGAAAAGAAGAAGAAGAAAAAGAAGAAGAAAUCUGAAGAGAAGAAGAACAACCAGCUGACAGCUCAAGUUGCAGAUGACUCCUUUACCGACAUCCAUGAGAUAUCGUCCAACUCUCCCAAGUCACGGAAGGACGAGUGGCGGGAUGACAAGAACAGCCAGACCCCGCUAGUGUCGGUGACGGUGACGCCAGGAAAGAGGGCGAUCCAGGUGAGCCAGUUCAUCGAGGAGAAGCAGAGGAUAUCGCUGUCCAAGGAGAGGCGUGCUGCCCGGACCCUCGGCAUCAUCAUGGGGGUCUUCGUCGUCUGCUGGCUCCCCUUCUUCCUCAUGUACGUCGUCCUUCCGUUCUGCCCUACCUGCUGCCCAUCCGACAAGUUGGUCAACUUCAUCACCUGGCUAGGCUACAUCAACUCCGCCCUCAACCCCAUCAUAUACACCAUUUUUAACCUCGAUUUCAGGAGAGCUUUUAAGAAGCUUCUUCACAUCAAAUCUCAGACGUGA